AUGGCCUCCCGCGCAGCCCUUGCCCGCUUGACCUCGGUCGCCGCCCCCCGCGCGCUCUCCACCAAUGCUGUCGCCGCGACCUCGCGCGCCGCUCUCGCUACCACCCCCGUGCCGCGUGUGCCCCGUUCCGCCUCGCGCUACCUCGUCGGUGCGGGCCAGCGCCGCAUGGCGAGCUCGGACGACGGUGCUUCUACCAUGACCGUCCGUGAUGCGCUCAACGUCGCCAUGGAGGAGGAGAUGCUCCGCGACGAGACCGUCUUCGUCAUGGGCGAGGAGGUCGCUCGUUACAACGGCGCAUACAAGGUCACCAAGGGCCUUCUGGACAAGUUCGGAGAGGACCGUGUCAUUGACACCCCCAUCACCGAGAUUGGCUUUGCCGGUCUCGCUGUCGGCGCCGGUCUUGCUGGCCUCCGCCCCGUUUGCGAGUUCAUGACCUGGAACUUCGCCAUGCAGGCCAUUGACCAGAUUGUCAACUCGGCCGGCAAGACCUACUACAUGUCGGGUGGUAACGUCCCCUGCCCCGUCACCUUCCGUGGCCCCAACGGUGCCGCCUCGGGUGUCGGUGCCCAGCACUCGCAGUGUUACGCUGCUUGGUACGGCUCCAUCCCCGGCCUCAAGGUCGUCUCGCCCUGGUCGGCUGCCGACUGCAAGGGUCUCCUGAAGGCCGCUAUCCGUGACCCCAACCCCGUCUGUGUCCUCGAGAACGAGCUCAUGUACGGUAUCUCAUUCCCCAUGACCAAGGAGGAGAUGUCCGACGACUUUGUCCUUCCCAUUGGCAAGGCCAAGGUUGAGAGGGAGGGUACCGACAUCACCCUUGUCGCCCACUCGAAGAUGGUCACCCACUCGCUUGAGGCUGCUGAGAUCCUUGAGAAGGAGCUGGGCCUCAAGGUUGAGGUUGUCAACCUCCGCUCGAUCCGUCCCCUCGACAUUGACACCAUCGCCGCCUCGGUCAAGAAGACCAACCACCUUAUUACUGUCGAGGGUGGCUUCCCUGCCUUCGGUGUUGGCUCCGAGAUCAUUGCCCAGAUCUGCGAGUCGCCCGCCUUCGACUUCCUCGACGCCGCCCCCGAGCGUAUUACCGGCGCCGACGUCCCUACUCCCUACGCCGAGACUCUCGAGACCUUGGCCUUCCCCGAGACCAACCUGAUUGUCAAGACUGUCAAGCGCCACCUCUACCGCUCAUAG